AUGACAUCCCUUUCAAACAAAUCCCUCUUCAACCAAUUUAUUUCAUCUCUAGUCUUCUUCCUCCUUGUUGUCAUCAUCCUUGAUUUCAUUUGUUCAUCCACUGCUUCUGUUUCCUCUGUAACUUCUCCUUUCCUUUACACUAAUAAUAAGGUUAAGUUAGUAGAAGAAAGAAAGGAAGCAGGGGCUUUUCUAAAAUGGAAAACCAACCUUCAAAGUAAAAGACAGCCUUUCUUGCUCUCUUGGGCUGGAAGCAAUCCUUGCAAUUGGGUUGGAAUAAAUUGUGACAAGUCUGGAAGCGUCACCCAUCUAAACCUUUCAAGUUACAGUUUGAGAGGUACGUUUCACAAUCUAAGCUUUCAAUCAUUCCCCAAUCUACUUAGUGUUGACCUUUCUUCCAACUCACUAUUUGGAACCAUCCCCUCAAAUAUUGUUCACCUCUCUAAACUCUCAGUUCUAAACCUUUCUUAUAAUCAAUUCGCUGGGAGAAUUCCUUCUGAAAUAGGCCAAUUGACAAGUCUUCACAUCUUUUACCUUGCUGCAAAUCGAAUGAGUGGCCUUAUCCCUCAAGAAUUAGGAGGAUUAACUUCUUUGAAUGAACUUGAUUUAUCGUCAAAUAAUCUCAUAGGUGUCAUCCCUACUUUUCUUGGAAACUUAAGCAACCUAACAUUUCUAUAUCUUUAUGGGAACCAACUUUCUGGUUCCAUCCCUCAAGAAUUAGGAAUGCUAAGUUUUCUAACUGACCUUGCAUUAUCAAAAAGUAAUUUCACAGGUACCAUCCCUGCUUCUCUUGGAAACUUAAGCAACCUAACCACUCUAUUUUUUAAUAAUAAUCAACUUUCUGGUUCCAUCCCUCAUGAAUUAGGAAUGCUAAGAGCCCGUUUGGAUUGA